AUGCCUCGAAAUCGAAAUAAACUGGUGGCUGGCUUUCAAUGGCUCAUGAAGCGCCAUGGAAAACAGGCUAAACAGCUGAUUCUCGAUAUUGUCGAUUUCCCGGUGAAGGUGGUGGUUGCUCCGUUCACGCUCGCCAUCGACAUCGCCGGCUCCGCCCCUCGCGGUUUUGGCAUCCCGGAAUUCAUCUCCAAAAUAUCUCUCUCUGCCGUUUUUGCCAUUGCUACGUUUGGUACUUAUGAUAUUGCGUUCGAACUGGGGAAGAAGGUUUUGUGCCAGAGGAAUUGUCGUACUUGCAGUGGAUGGCAGGCCAUGCAAUGCACAAUGUGCAGAGGCUCAGGACAGGUGCAGUACCAGGUGAAAAAUUAUGCUUUGAGAAGUGGAGAGAAGGCAACAGCUUCAAACAUUGCUGAUGCAAUUGCUGAAAACCGAGCUGAGCUAGUCCACCUUCCUUCAAGUGUUGACCUUCAUGUACCUUUGCCAUCUAAACAAUGCCCAGACUGUGAUGGAUCAGGGGUGAUGAGAUGUCCUGAAUGCAAAGGAAAGUUACCUUUUAGGAUAUCUGCAGAUGAUAUAAUGGAGCCUCCUUGGAAAGCUCUUAACAUCAUGCGUCAAAUGGACUAUCCUUAUGAGCAUGUAGUUCACAGCAUGAAGGACCCAAGCAUUGCUGCAUUUUGGUUGAUAACCUUCCCCCAGAUAGUUGGAGGUGUUGAUUAUGAUGAUGAAGUGAAGCAGAAAAUUUGGUGGCAGUACAAGGAAAAUAUGCGAUAUGACCAACUACGUGAUGAAGUUGCCCAGCGGAAGCCUGGGUGGGAGUAUCUGCAACAGGCUCUAAUCUCCAUUGAUCCCGACCGUGCGCGGGAUGAUCCUGUCAUUGUGAAAAACAUUCCGUUUUACAGGGCCAAGAAAACUUUGGAGGCUGAAGUAAUGAAGCUUAAUCCUCCUCCAAGGCCUCGAAAUUGGGGGGAUUUGGAUCUUCCAAUUGAUGAAUCUUCUUGGAACGAGGAAGACCUUAAAGAUCCAAAGAAGCUACAUGAGAUGACAAUUCUUCUUAAUGCCCAAAGAGAAAUUGCUGACAAAAUUUUGGACGCACAGUGGGAAACAAAAUGGCGCGAAGAGAAGUUAAACGAGAUGCUGAAAGAGACAGUUGAGCCCUACUUGCAAAACAUCAACAAUGUCCUGCCUCAGCCUAUCGUAUUGCCAUCCCAGAAUAAUCGCGACCAUAAGAAAAAUGAGCGCAGCUGGCGAUGGUGGCCGUUCUAG